AGAAAGCAUGAAAGUGGCGGUCGUCCGGCUUUUGAUGGUGAUUGCAAUGCGCCUUCUCCUCCCUGGUGGAGCUCCGUGUCUGGGCGUGGCGGAGACGUGGACGGGCGUGCCCCAGCCGCGGAUCAGCGAGGCCGACCUUCCCCCAGUCAACGUGGAUGUGCAGGCCGGGGGCACCUGCCUUCCUGCCGUGCCCGGCCGCUGCCUCCGGACGGGACAGCCCGGUGUGGGUUCGUCGCAAGGAUUACCACAUCCUGACAGGUGGCAAGGUCAACUACAUCACGGACAAGCGGUUCCAGGGCCUGUUCGAUCCCGACACAGCCGACUGGACUCUCCAGAUCAAAUGUGUCACCACCAGCGACAACGGAACCUACGAGUGCCAGGUGUCGUCCGGCUCCGGCUACGUGUCCCGGUUUGUGCGUUUGCACGUCUUCCAGCCGGUGGCGACAAUACCGAGCGGACCCGAGUAUCACGUACAGCAGGGCUCCACCAUACAGCUGGUCUGUGUGGUGGACAAGAGCCCCACACCGCCUAACUUCGUGUUCUGGUACCACGGCGACGUAAUGAUUAACUACGACAAGCACCGAGGCGGCAUCAGCGUGGAUACCGAGUCCAAGGAGAAGACGUUCAGCAGGCUCACCAUCACGGACGCCACGCUGGAGGACUCGGGCAACUACAGCUGCAAGCCCUCCAACACGGACCCCGCCUCCGUGCACGUGUACGUCUCACAAGGAGACAAGAUGGCCGCCAUCCAGAGGAAAACCAGCGGCGGUGCGAGCCUUCUCCGAAACGCCCGGUGCUGGCUGCUCUGUCUGGCAGCCUCAGUUAUCCGCGCCUACCCCUUCUCCGUCACCAGGUGACACGCCUGAGGGUGGCAGACCAAGAGCGGAGUGGACUGCGCCAGGACCGAGAACAGGUGCAUCGUCAGCAGAUCAGGACAGCUGGUGGCCCAGUAUUACUGGCUGGGGAUUGACAGUGGGCUCUACGUUGGUGUGCGGCACAACGACCGGUCUGGAGAACCAAAUAGUGAUCUUCCUGGCACUGACCCUGUUGGUGUGAUUGACUCUGACCUGUCGGGAAUGAUCUCAUUAGUCAAAUGGCUCGUUCUCAUCUGCGGGGUGAUGGACAUUUGAAGCAGUUUGUUCUGACCUCCCAAGCAGCGGUGCUGUAGCGUGGCACACCCCGAGUGCCCAAACAGUGGUCUCAGUUGAGUGGGUCACUGAGACCGCCUCAGCAGCGGACUCGUCGAGGGACUGCGGACGCCGUGGCUCAGUGACCGGCAGAGGCGUGAUUGCGUUGGGGCCAUCGACUGAGCCCGUGUCCGGCGCUCCUGGCUGGACAACAUUGUGCCGGCUGUGCGGCAAAGGCAUCUCGGCGUCUCCCAGCUGGGCUGGUCUGUUUCAGUGCCAUUGCUGGCACUCGCUCUGAUGUUCGAUGUUGUCCAGAUGUUGCUCGAAUCUGGCGAUGCUGGCGCCAUGCCUCUCGGGGUUAAAGUGGCGUCGCUCGGUGGAACGGAGAUUGGACACAUGUGUGCGUCGUAUGCCCACAUUCGCGCCCAUCGCACUUGGCUGGGACGCUGGCGUCCAGUGUAACCUGUUCUCAAUGUUUAUAGUGUGCAACCAAGGAAUACUCUAAUGAUUUCGGUUGGGGUAGGGAGGAAUCACCUUGGUUUUUAUGGAAGUCCUGAGGUAUGGGACAUGCCGUGGUCUGGGUUCGCGUGCUGAACGUACCUGCAUGUCCUGCUUGUUUUGUGGGCGAUGCUCCAGUUCAUGUUUCUGCACAUGUCGUCACGGCUUCGCUAUGGUGAUCGGAAGGAUCGCCAAUCGACGGCGCCCCAGUCAGUGAUGAUGUGCGGCAUUGGUCAAGCGUCGCUUCGAGUGAACUGGUGGACAUCAUAACUGCCUGCUCGAACGAGUAUGUGUCUUGAAAUGGAAUA